ACGGCACGCUGCACGGCUGGCCCAUGAAGCUGGCCGCCGUCGUGGAGGGCGACCUCGUCCUCGGCGGCCUCAUGAUGGUGCACGAGCGCCACGACCGCAUCUCGUGCGGCCCCAUCAUGCCGCAGGGCGGCAUCCAGGCGCUGGAGGCCAUGCUGUACACGCUGGACAGGAUCAACGCGGACCAGACCAUCCUGCCGGGCAUCAAGCUGGGCGCGCACAUCCUGGACGACUGCGACAAGGACACCCACGGCCUGGAGAUGGCGGUCGACUUCAUCAAAGACCAGCAGGACCUCCUGGGCACCAACGACGUGAACGGCGUCCACUCCGAGAACCACACGCACGGCGGCGGCGCGGCGGGCGGCGGCCUGCACUGGCCCGUGAAGAAGGAGGCCGUGGUGGAGGGCGACCUGGUGCUGGGCGGGCUCAUGAUGGUCCACGAGCGGGAGGACAGCGUGGUGUGCGGGCCCAUCAUGCCGCAGGGCGGCGUGCAGGCGCUCGAGGCCAUGCUCUACACGCUGGACGUCAUCAACGGGGACCCCGACCUCCUGCCCGGCAUCACCCUGGGCGCGCACAUCCUGGACGACUGCGACAAGGACACCUACGGCCUGGAGAUGGCGGUCGACUUCAUCAAAGGCUCCAUCAGCAACAUCGACGACGCCGAGUACCAGUGCAACAAGACGGUGCGCAAGGUCAUCUCGGGCGUGGUGGGCGCCGCCUCCAGCGUCACCUCCAUCCAGGUGGCCAACCUGCUGCGGCUGUUCCGCAUCCCCCAGGUGUCCUUCUUCUCCACGUCGCCCGAGCUGUCCAACAAGCAGCGCUUCGAGUUCUUCUCGCGCACCAUCCCCAGCGACCACUACCAGGUCAAGGCCAUGGUGGAGAUGGUGCAGAAGUUCCACUGGAGCUACGUCUCCAUAAUCUACGAGGAGAGCAACUACGGCAUCAAGGCGUUCGAGGAGCUGGAGGACCUGCUGAAGGAGCGCAACGUGUGCAUCGCCGUCAAGGAGAAGCUCGUCAAGGACUCGGGCGUGGCGGGCGACAAGGCCUACGACGAGAUCGUGCAGAAGCUGCUCACCAAGUCCAGAGCCAGAGGCUGCAUCAUCUUCGGCUCGGACCAGGAGGUGGCGGGCGUGAUGCGCGCCGUGCGGCGUGCCGGCGCCUCGGACACCUUCUCCUGGAUCGGCUCGGACGGCUGGUCGGCGCGCGCCCUCGUCUCGGACGGCAACGAGCGCGAGGUGGAGGGCACACUGUCCGUGCAGCCGCAGGCCCACCCCGUCAAGGGCUUCGAGGAGUACUUCCUCAACCUCUCGCCGGACAACAACAAGCGCAACCCGUGGUUCGUGGAAUUCUGGGAGGACCAUUUCCACUGCCGAUUCCCCAACUCGUCGCUGACGCCGUACAACGGCCACUACAACCGCUCGUGCUCGGCCAAGGAGAAGCUCACGCGGGAGAACACCGUCUUCGAGAACCAGCUGCAGUUCGUCAGCGACGCCGUCAUGGCGUUCGCGCACGCGCUCAACGAGAUGCACAAGCAGCUGUGCUCCGGGCGGGGACUGUGCGACGCCAUGAAACCCAUCGACGGCUCCAGGCUGCUCAGGUCGCUGCGCAGGGUCAACUUCACAGGCCUGAGCGGUGACCAGUUCAAGUUCGACUCCCAGGGCGACGGCCCCGCGCGCUACAACAUCAUCCACUUCAAGCAGGUGGCGCCCAAGGUGUACCGCUGGGUGCCCGUCGGGGAGUACAGCGAGGGCAACCUGCGCCUCGACAUGUCCGCGGUGCAGUUCAAGAUGGAGAGCCCCCCGGUGCCCGAGUCCGUGUGCAGUCUGCCGUGUGACCAGGGCCAGGCCAAGAAGUACGUGGAGGGCGAUAUCUGCUGCUGGCACUGCUUCAACUGCACGCAGUACCAGAUCCGCGCGCCGCUGGACGAGACGCUGUGCCAGAUGUGCCAGAUGGGCACGGUGCCGGACGCCAACAAGACCCACUGCCAGGAGAUCCCCGAGGUGUUUCUGCGGCCCGACAGCGGCUGGGCCAUCGGCGCCAUGUCCUUCUCGUCCUGCGGCAUCCUGCUCACGCUCUUCGUGGGCGGCGUCUUCCUGCGCCACCACGAGACGCCCGUGGUGCGCGCCGCGGGCCGCGAGCUGUCCUACGUGCUGCUCACGGGCAUCAUGCUGUGCUACUGCGUCACCUUCGCCCUCGUGCUGCGGCCCACCAACGUGGUGUGCGGCGUGCAGAGGUUCGGCGCCGGCUUCUGCUUCACGGUGGUGUACGCCGCGCUGCUCACCAAGACGAACCGCAUCGCGCGCAUCUUCAAGGCGGGCACGCGCACCGCCAAGAGGCCCUCCUUCAUCAGCCCCAAGUCGCAGCUCCUCAUCUGCUUCUUCCUCGUCACCGUGCAGGUCCUGGUGAACGUGGUGUGGAUCAUGGUGAAGCCCCCCAUGGCCAUGCACCACCACCCGACUCGCGAGGACAACCACCUGGUCUGCAAGUCGCACAUCGACGCCUCCUACAUGAUCGCCUUCGGCUACCCCAUCCUGCUCAUCGUGGUGUGCACCAUCUACGCGGUGCUCACCAGGAAGAUCCCAGAGGCCUUCAGCGAGUCCAAAUACAUUGGCUUCACCAUGUACACGACGUGCGUCAUCUGGCUGGCCUUCGUGCCGCUGUACUUCGGGACGGGCAACCACGUCCCGCUGCGUAUCACCUCCAUGUCCGUCACCAUCUCGCUGUCCGCCUCCGUCACCCUGGCCUGCCUGUUUUCCCCGAAGCUGUACAUUAUCCUGAUCCACCCGGAGCGCAACGUGCGCCAGUCCAUGAUGCCGGCCAUGAGGUACUCAACGGUCAAGAGCUCGGCGGCCACGGUGACGGGCAACCACGCCAGCAACUCGCUGCACCCGGGCGUGCACCCGUCCACCUACCUCAACACCAUCACGGCCCUGGACCGACACCACUGCCCGCGGGUGGACUGCGGCACGCAGAGUCAAGGGCUGCCGCUGGAGGACCGCUCCACGCAGACCAGCCUGCAGAGCCUCUGCCCGCUGCGGGGCUCCGAGGCCGCCAACACGGCGCCGUGCUCGGCGGACGCGCCGUUCCCUUACCCGUACCAGAACGGCGAGGCCGUGGCCGUGUCGCUGCCGGACGGCGCCACGCCCGCCUCGGCCCCGCCGCUCCGCCGCGGCAGCGGCAGCCCCCGCGACCCCGGCGGAGGCCCCAUCCUCGGCCCCGUCAACGGCGACGUGCCGCGGUCGGCGUCGCCCUUCUCGCGGACGCGGAGCUACAACAGCGCGCUGCUCAAGUCGCGGCGGCGGACGAGCGGGCCGGCGCCGUGGCAGCAGCCCUCCAACGGCACGCCGCGGCACCGCUCCGACAUCCUGCCCGCCCUGGCCACGCUCACGCCCGCCUGCACGUGCGUGUCGGCGUGCGCGUGCGUGUCCGCGUGCGGCGCCACGCCCCGGUCGCCGUGCGCGUCGUCCUUCCCCUCCUCGGUGGCCUCGUCCCCCACGUCCUCGGCGCUGGCGCUGGACGACGUGGACGCGGACGCGCCCCUCUCGGGGCGGCCCUCGUCGCUGGAGGCGGUGGCCGGCUCGCCCGGCACGCCGGGAGACACGCCGGUGGGCACGCCCGUCGGCACGCCCACGUCGCUCACGUCAGCGCCGUCCACUCGCGGUUCUCGCGGCUCCGGAGCCAGCUUUUCAUCUUGCAAGGAAGAGGCAUCAUGGCUUUUCUUGAUUGGGCUUACCAUGGCAUUGAAGAUGAGCACACAACUAGCAUUUGAAUAUGUGUGA